AUGCCUACCAUCUAUAGAAGGAAAGCGGGAAAUCGUCGUUACAUUGACUACACUAAAGAGCAGUUGGAGCAAUGUUUAAAUGACAUGAGAUCCCAGAUACGGACUCAACGGGCGGCUGCAGCUAAGUAUAAAAUUCCUCGUAGUACGAUAAAGAAUAAACUGAAGAAUAAGCACUGUAACAAACCCGGCCAUCCAACUAUAUUCACAAUAGAAGAAGAACAAGCAUUUGUUGCCCAUGUUACAGAGCUCUCAGAAUUUGGGUUUCCGAUAACUGAUAUUGACCUCAAAAUUAUUAUCUAA